GUCCCGGAACCUGCAGUGCCAGCGCAUUUUCCAGGUGAAUGCUCCCAUCAACUGUGUCUGCCUGCACCCCAACCAGGCAGAGCUGAUCGUGGGUGACCAGAGCGGGGCCAUCCACAUCUGGGACCUGAAGACUGACCACAACGAGCAGCUGAUCCCCGAGCCCGAGGUGUCGGUGAACUCGGUGCACAUCGACCCCGACGCCAGUUACAUGGCAGCCGUCAGCAGCUCGGGACACUGCUACGUGUGGAACCUGACGGGCGGCAUCGGCGAGGAGGUGACACAGCUCAUCCCCAAGACCAAGAUCCCGGCUCACAACCGCUACGCCCUGCAGUGCAAGUUCAGCCCCGACUCCACGCUCUUGGCCACCUGUUCUGCAGAUCAGACAUGCAAGAUCUGGAGGACUUCAAACUUCGCUCUGAUGACAGAGCUGAGCAUUAAGAGCAACAACCCCGGGGAGACGUCGCGGGGCUGGAUGUGGGACUGCGCCUUCUCCGGGGACUCCCAGUACAUUGUCACAGCCUCGUCUGAUAACCUGGCCAGACUGUGGUGUGUGGAGACAGGGGAGAUCAAGAGGGAGUACAGUGGCCACCAGAAAGCCGUGGUCUGCCUGGCCUUCAAUGACAGCGUCCUGGGAUAACGUGUGGCAAGGACAGCACCUCUGCUCGUUUCCCCUUGCCUUGCCUUGCCUCUCCAGAGCCUGGGACACGCUCUGUACCCAUCCCCUCCUGUGUGGAGAGGGCUGGGGCUCUGACAGGGGCAGCUGCAGCUGCCUGGGCUGAGACCAGGCUUCAGCUCCAGGCUGGACAUUGCUGACACGUGUGUGGCCCUGAGGGAGGCAGGGUCCCACUGCAGGGACACGGGUACAGCUGCAGGAAUCCCUGGGGCACUGGCUGCUGACAGCUCUGGAUGUUCCUGUACCCCAGAGUGGGAACAAAAUAAACCUCAGCCUUUGCCAGUGGUGGGAGAGGCUGAGCAAAGAGAAG